AGGGGAGAUCCGUUUCUCUAUUCCAUCCGCCUGCUGCUUCGCCUAGUUUACUACCUCAUCGACAAGGAGAGGAAGAGUUCAUCAAGAUCAAGAAAGGAGACCGAUCAUGGGCACGGCCACCUGCAUCGACAUCAUCAUCGCCAUCAUCCUCCCGCCCCUCGGCGUCUUCCUCAAGUUCGGUUGCGGGCAUGAGUUCUGGAUCUGCCUCUUGCUCACCUUACUCGGGUACCUCCCCGGCAUCCUCUAUGCCAUCUACGCCAUCACCAAGUAGAACCAAAUCUUCGCAUGUGUUCCAAAAUAUAUGUUGAUGAGGAUGUUAUCUCCAUAGAGUCUAGUGUGCUUCAGUUCUUGUUUGUGUUUCCUUCUCCAUUUUUCUGUCAUGCAUGCGUACCGGCGAUGAUGCAAAUUUCCCUGCUGUUUCCUUGGACCGUGAUGAAGAAGAUGAGGCUCUAUGUAAUUAUUAUGUAUGGGGUUUACCAGUUGGGAGUUUGUUAAAGUUUGAUCAUUGCAUCCAUGUGAUGUUUGGAAUA